CUAGAAGUUAGGUUUUUAUUUUAAACAAGAACUACUCUACUGUCUCAGCCUAUCAACAGCACGUACAUUUGCUCGGUUUUUCACUAAAAAUUCCACCGUUUGCUGUCUCUUGCAAAUUAUAGCAAAUAAAAGUGGUGUGUUGCUCUUCCCUUCUGCGGCCAUCACCUAAGCGGGAACUGCCAAAAUGAAGUUCAAUCCCUUUGUGACUUCCGACCGAAGCACGAAUCGCAAAAGGCGUUUCAAUGCACCUUCCCACAUUCGCAGGAAGAUUAUGUCCUCCCCGCUUUCCAAAGAGCGGAGACAGAAGUACAGUGUGCGAUGCACGCCCAUCCGGAAGGGUGAUGAAGUUCAGGUUGUACGAGGACACUAUAAAGGUCAGCACAUUGGCAGAAUAGUCCAGGUUUACAGGAAGAAAUGCGGAAUCUACACUGAACGGGUGCAGCGGGAAAAGGCUAAUGGCAUAACCGCCAACGCAGGCGCUCACCCCGGCAAGGUGGGUAUCACUAGGCUAAAACUGGACAGAGACCGCAAAAACAUCCUUGAACGGAAAGCGAAAUCUCGCCAAGUAGGAGAGGAAAAGGGCAAAUACACGGAAGAAACAAUCGAGAUGCAGGAAUAAAGUGACCUUACAUACAAGCUUUGAUUAAAACCGAAAAACAAAAAGUGGCGUGUUUCCAUCGUAUAAAACACCAAAUAAUAAAAUAAUUCACAAAAUUACACAUUUCUCAAAUGAGCUGAAAAGCUUCUCUUAGAUGUUUGAACUUCAACAUGUAAUAUAGAAAGGAAGUAAAUGAAAACCAGUCCAUUCCUUCUCACUCCUCCCGGCUUUCUGAUGGGCUGCUCUCUGCCUUGCAAACACCCCUCCCCUUCCUCCCCACACAGCACUGAGUGUGGAAUACUGUAAUCACUUCAUUGUUUCCCUCUGAAACCACGAGCUUCUUGA